GUCUGAUUGAACUCUUGGGGACAACAGACUACUUUUGACAGAGAGCGAGUUUUACGAGCAAAUCUGUUUUUGAGGAUUUCUUACAUACUUCACUGAUACACAUUUCCAAAACACACAUUUUACAAUACAUCUUUCACAUUUACCACACACUUUCACGGUCACUUCGACUGAGUUCGACUUUUUUUUACUUACACCAAUUUACGGAGCGGCUGUUCAUCUCGUGUUUGAAAACUUCAGCACGGUAAGUCGUGAUUUUAUGCUUAUUUGUGCUGUUUUGCCGUUGUUGAGGGAGAACUUUUGCUUAAACGUGCAUGUUAACAAAACUGUUGUUGAUGCUAACAUAGUCGUGUUAACUCGAUGUUUAAACGGGCCUGCUAACACAAUAUCUGAGGGCUACUUUGUUAGCAGGCCUGUGUAAACACCAAGAUUGUUAUAGCAGCGUUAUUGUGUGACUUCACUGAACUCUCGGAGAUCAUAAUUUGGCAUUUGACGUAGUGGUGGAAGUGUACUGUAUUGUUUCGCUGUUUUGUGUUCGCAUCGCAAGGGGGCUAUUGUUAGCCUAGCCUGGCCGGGCCAUUCUGUUGCGUGAAUCACUUGAUGUUUCUUCUCACAACAAUCUGGAUUUAGACAGCGUGUAUGCCCGAUCAGAAUAUAGCGGGGCCAAUCACCGAGUUUCCACUGUUACUCGCACAAAAGGGAAAUGCAGCCCCUGAGUGGCUCAUGUGUAAUGAUCACAUCUAACACAUGCUGCGGAACUUGUGCCGUUAAUACAAAUGUCCGUUUAUUCAGAAAGCCGUUAAGUCUGCAGUUGAAUCUGCAAAGUCAGCAGAAAUCGUUUAUAUACGCAGAGGACGUGGGAUAUACACGAUUUCUGCUGACUUCACAAAAUGAACUGCAGAAUUAAUGGCGUUCUGAAUGAACACAGAUGACAAGUCCCGUAGCAUGUGGUAGACGUGAUUAUUACACAUGAGCCACUCAGGGGUUGCCUUUUCCUGUUGUCUGGGUAACAGUGAAAACACUGUCUCUGAUUGGUCGGGUUAUGUUGUGAUCGGAAAUACAUGCUCUCUAUGGGCCACACUCCAGACUGUUGUGGGAAGGAACAUCCCACAGUGUUGCAGAGGACAGUUUGCUCUGUGUAUGCAUAUCAGCAAAUCAGUUUUCCAAGACGGGAGCGCGGCUGCGCAUUGCUAGAGCGGAACAUCAUUUUGUAGUUUUUUAAACAUUCCUGGAGUCGUGGUGAAUUAAAUCCCCGUACUUUUCUGGCUCUGAUAAGUGAAUAAAGCAUAUUUACAGCCUUAUGUGUACUAGCACUAUACUGGGGCAGCUGUUUAACCUUUCCACACCUUAUUUUCUAUAUUUACAUUUGUAUUGAAUGAACACUUUAUCAUGACAACACUUGUUUUACACACCAAAUAAUUUGUCAUUCUCCAGUACACAGCCUUUACUAUUGUUGUAUACAGCUGCUUUAUGUCAUUUAAAUGUGUUUGUUCAACAUUUUCAAAGAUAUGAUGAAGGUUCACAAAACUAAGAGAGCUUUCUUGAAAGCCACAUCUAUAAGCUCUCAAAUACUUUGAAUGUUGUUUUAUCUACUACAGAGGCUGAGGCUGUGCAAAUAUCUGUCUUUUGGUGUAUGUGUGUGAGUUGGGAGGUUAAAGUGGUGGUGGCCUGGGGAGUAAUUUAGUCUACAGUUGCCACUGUUUACUUGAACUCCCUCCUUACUGAGAAGGUCACUUUUCCUCUGCCAUAGUUUUCUCCUGUCCCCAACACUGCUGUUUCACGUCCAUAGAUUAGGCCUCCUCUGUCUUGUACAGCACCUACACAUCAAGUAAAAAACAAAGACAUUUGAGAAAGAUAUUAUCCUUUUCUUGUAUGUCAGUGGGCAUCACAAAUGUGAUUCUCAAAUUAGGUCACAGGUCAAAAACGUGUUAUUUUCACUGUUUAUCAAAUAUUUUUGUUUUCAUGUGUUUUUAUAACAUAAACCAUAUGUUUGAUGGAUGAUAUGAAGUUUUACAUAUAUAAUAACAUCUAUUAUACUUUCAGAUGCCAAAACAGAAGGGUUGGCGUCGGUCACAGGCUGCAACCAGGCGACACGCUCAGCGCGAGUUCCUGAUUGUUGGUCCGCAAGGCUACCGUGAUGACAUGCCUCCAGGUGUGUAACAUUUUCUUUCAAAAAUUUCAUUUUCCUCUGCACGUCACUAUAUUUACAGUAACAGUUCCUUGUUCCUCUGUAUCUAGGACAAAACACAUUCACAUCAAGUUUACUGUUUAACCCUUAUAAUGAUACACGUGACUGUUGUGUCUUAAAUAGGCACUGUUGGGACUGGUUAUCGCCAUCGUGUUAACCAGUGGCCUGUAUCUGUGUUGACUGGUCGCCAACACAAAUUGGUCAUUCCUCCUGAGGUUCCCAACAAGAAGGUAUGAUACUGACAUUCUUUUUUACCCUCACAACAUAUAUUUGAACUGAUACAGUAUUUAAUUAAUACUUUUCUUCUUUUCAUCCUAGUUUGUUCUUAUUGUCGGUGACUCUCACCUGCGUCCAUUUGUUGAUGGGGUUGUGCCAUUGCCUGAAGGACGGAUGUCCUUUGGGUUCAUGUCCACACCAGGGGCCUGUGCCGACGAACUGAGGAUUGAGAUGGUGCAUGCUGCUGUGCCUCGCAAUCCUGACUUGGUCAUAGUCAUGGCUCCUAGCAACAACCUAACAACCCAAGGGUGUCUUGAGAAGUCAUCAACAGAUUUUGCAAAACUUCUCUCCACUGCCAUUGGGAGGUGGUUCAAGGUGGGGCUAUGAUCUAAUUAACACAUUUUGUAGUAUCUCAAUUAGUAGUUACACUCUGUAAUAACUCUUGUAUUUCUUGUCCUUCUGCUCUACUUGCUAUUUUUAUAGGUAAUUGUGUAUGAUUUUCCACCACGGCUGAACCAUCCUUUAGACCACCAGGAUAUCCUGCGGCAGGAAUUCCGUCGAGUCGCAGCACGUAUGGGUAGGUUUUACAACAUCUUAAAUUCAGUUUCAUGACCAAAUUCUACAUGACAAUAAUAUCAUCACACAACCAAUCAUAUAAAACAUCUACAAAAAACACAUACAAAAUACAUGUAUUUUUUGGAAUACAUCACAGCUCUAUACAUUUCAUGGACAAAGUGAUAGAAUACCUGUCCUUUGUGCUUUAAGUAAAGUAUGCACAUAGGUACUAAUGUUUAACUUUGUCUGAAUUUACAUUAACAGGCAUUCGAUAUGUUUGCCAUGCUGCUGACGAUUUCCCCCUGAGAUACCGCAUGCUGUGGUGCACGGAUUCUGUAAGUACAAUCCCUACUCAUGUUAUAUUCAUGUGGACUUCAGAAUAAAUGCACACAAUUUUGCAUCAGGCAAAUUUGUGAUCAUGACAAUUAUCUUGUUUGCUACAUAGGUCCAUCUCAGUGAUGACGGUGGGUCGCCUAUUCUGGGGCAGCGUCUCUGGCAGGCAGCGUACACUGAGCUGGAGACAGUGGACCAUGCAUCACUGCGAUCAGUGCAGCGCAGGCGUUCCCCCCCCCUGAGCACUGUCACACCAAAGGUGGUUGUGAAGGGAGAGGUGCCUGCACCUCAACCAUCCAACCCCUUUGAGUGGACAGUGUGUGGAAAGGUGCAGAAGGUAAAAAUACUAUUCCUGUGUGUGUAUAUACGUAUAGUACAUGUAUUUAAUACAGUAUGUUAAUUUUCAACUUACUUAUCACAGCAGAAUCUCUCUGACAACGAGGUGAAGGACUCUGCUCCAUGCACGCAGCAGGUUUGUCAUUUUUUAUAUGGCACACCUAUACAUAAUACAAAACCACUAUCAUCACAGUGGCUGUUUUGAUUGCACACAUUUUCUUUGAUAAGACACCGUUGUCUAAAGUAGUACUUGCUUUAUUCUAUAUUGAUUUAUCUCUCUCCUUCUCAUCCUAGUUGUCAACAGUUGGGUUGCGAGAUUGCUUUGUGCGUCUCAACCCUAUCCAUUUCAGUGCACACCUGCUGGAUGCCAUGGAGAAGAUUUCGCCGUCCCAGGUUCCCAACCCUGUUCCACAAGAUGAUGAGGUCAGUAAAAAUGUGAAAAUACAGUUUCGCUUGUACUGUUCGUUCACAUAAAAUGUGUUGUUACACGACAACAGUGCUUAUAAUAAAUAUUUUUUCAAUCAGAUGCCACGUGUGGAACCACGCAGGACUGUGGUUGCAUCUCGGAGGAUCCCUUCCAAGAAGCAGGUUUGUUUCUUCAUUAGCACACAUGGUAUAUUCAUAUGCAACUACACAGAACUAGCUUUGCAUCUAAACCAAGUUUAUCAUACUGAAGUGAAAUGAUAACAUACAGAAAUUUUACUCGGCCCUUAAGUUCAAAAGAUAUUUCUCUUUAUUCAUACCAAUUCACAUCUUGGUAUUAUCAGUUAAUGGGCUGCUUUCAUCAAAAUGCUUCUACUUUCAACUAUAUUAGACACACUUUUACAAUUUGCCUUUUUUAGCAAUGACAAUAUAUUUAUGCACAAACUUUCAUGUGCAGGGAAGGGCCUUGCGUGUGCACAGCCCAGCUGAGCCCCAGACUACUGAGGUGCCUCCUCCUGCAGAACUCACUUCACCUAAGGAGGACUUGGAGAGGGUGGCAGAGCUCCAGACCACUGCCAUCCUGUCAGGACCCCAGCCAGAGAGAGGCACCCAGGUGGAACAGGUAAGUAUACGUAAGCCUCCUCUUCCCCCCUCUUGUGUUUGGUGAUUUUGAUCACUCACCUGUGCAGCUUAUCAGUGUGGAGAGCAAGGCUGUAGAGUUUCUGUGCACUGAAAUUGAGGGUGAAAUGUCUACCCCAGGUCAAGUAAGACACAGUGUCCUGGGAUCGUUUCACCAGGCAAGUGAUAUCUUAAAUAAUCCUGGGCAACAGUGUAUGGCAGUUGGGCUGGCUAGCAUUGCCAAACACAGUGUCAAAAGCGUUUUCACAUGGAGUGUGGAUGAUCUCGACACAGCUUUGCUCUGUGGGGAUCAACUGUACACAUAUCUGCGAGACAAUGACAAAAUCAGUGGAAAUACUGAUUUUUUGUGUAUUCCUGAUUUGCCUGCUUCACACACAAUUGAUGGCAUAAAGUUUGACUUUGAGUAUGGUGAUUACGUGUCUGGACUCAUCAACCAGACUGAUGGGUCACCAUUUGCACCUGGGUUGACAACAUUGCUACAUGGUCUCCAAAUUGUGUUCGCUAAAUAUGACACAUGCUUUUUGACAUUGCAUUGCAGCACAUGUGUGGUCAUUCGUGAGAAUGGUGUGUUCGCUGUUGUUGACUCUCAUGCCCGUAACGCUUCAGGCCUGGUGGAUCCUGAUGGCAGAAGUGUUGUCAUGUAUUUCCAUAACUUGCAAGAAAUGCAUACACAUGCAUUGACCUUGGCUGCAUCACAGCAUGUGAGCAACCAGGCUUUUGAAGUUGCUGGUGUGCGUGCAAUCCCUAGAAUGUCAACUAUGCAAAGUAUGUGUUUGCCAUCCAGCUCAAGAGUAAAUACUGA